ACAGGCUACCACGCGGUUGCCUAUCAAUUCUUUCCGCGCUAUCACUAAUUAUUUAAUUAUCGGCAAUCAGUGAGAUAACUUGCCUAUCGAUUCGCGAAUUAUCACCGCGUAUAGUACAGUUUUUCGGGAGUUAUUCAUAUCUCUGGUGGUUCUGUUUGUCAUUGUUUUGCUUUUGUUCCGCUGAGGUGCUUCAAUCUCAAUUAAUUUCUCCGUAUUUUCCUUCUGUCCGAGAGUGGUUGGGCAAAUAUUUGGAGAAAUUAUACAUGAGAAUAAAGUGCGUGCUGUGGGGAGUGAACGUAGUAACGUGGGAAGUGAAUUAGUUUUUUAUUUUUAUUUUUAUUUUUUUUAAUUUUCGAACAUUGAAGGUGUUUAGUGUAUUUUUGGUGACUAGGAUUCUGGAGGUACUUCGGGGACGCGACAGGAUCGACAAGCGGUGACUCUUCAGCUUCAUCCAAGUGGUCAUGUAAUGAUUUUUUCUGCAAGAAGUUGGCCAAAAAGGGUGCCACUCAUGCAGGUGUGAAUCGCGGCGUUCUCUUCUCUGCUUCUGAGGUCACAUCACAAAUACCAGGAAAAGGGGAAGUUCCGUGAGAGAUAAGGAAAUUUUUGUAUCGAAUUUUUGUUCUGUGGUGAAUCUCGAUUUUACGAGUGAAAAUAGGAGAAAAAAGAAGUCUUUGAAGGGAUAAGAAUGGUUCACACGAGCCAAAUGACACAGGGACUUGACCAGUCACCCCUUGGAAAUUAUGAUCCGGAUAUUCCGGCACGAAAGCACGUUGGUAUGGAGCGUCGAGAUCUGAUCUUGACAGCAAUAUUCGGUACAUUCGGCGCCCUCGGCGUCUUACUCGGCCUCGGUCUGGCUGCUUGGCUUUAUCUUCGGGCCAGAAGGUCCAAGGGGCGUGAUGGCAAUCUAGAAGACCAAAUGGAUAACGGCGAGGGUACCAGCUGCAGUCAGCCCCAGCAAACCAAGAAAAAUGGCUUUCUCAAUCUCAAAACACCAUUGAUCAGCACGAAGGCGUUUGGGGCGCAGUUAGAAACGACUGGAAAUCCUAGUAGCAAAUCACCGGCUGGGGGAAGCGGCGGUACUGGCGGCGCCGGAGGUGGCAGUGGAAUCGGUGGAGGUGGUGAACCACGCACUCCAACUGCUGGACCACAAAAUAAGCAGGUGGCGAACGUUAAAGGAGACCAUCCCUCGAAAGCAUUUUUACAGAAUAGAUCAAUCUCACUUGUGGAUAUGUACAUCGACAAUAGCGAGCCCAGCGAAAACGUUGGACAAAUACACUUUAGUCUUGAAUAUGACUAUCAAAAUAUAACGCUCAUCCUGCGCAUAAUACAGGGUAAAGAUCUACCAGCAAAGGACCUUUCAGGCACGUCCGAUCCGUACGUGAGGGUCACACUACUGCCCGACAAGAAGCGUCGUCUCGAGACUAAAAUCAAAAGGAGAACUCUGAAUCCAAGGUGGAAUGAAACCCUCUACUUCGAAGGAUACUCCAUACAAAAAUUGCAGAACCGAGUGCUGCACCUUCAUGUAUUCGACUACGAUCGAUUCUCCAGAGACGACUCCAUCGGAGAAAUAUUCAUGCCUCUUUGUCAGGUCGAUCUCUCUGAGAAACCGGCGUUCUGGAAGGCCCUUAAACCACCAGCGAAAGAUAAAUGUGGUGAGCUACUGUGCUCACUCUGCUAUCACCCGAGCAAUUCAAUUCUCACGUUGACCCUGUUAAAGGCCAGAAAUCUCAAGGCUAAAGACAUAAACGGAAAAUCAGAUCCCUAUGUCAAGGUGUGGCUGCAGUUUGGCGAUAAAAGGAUCGAGAAACGAAAGACACCUAUAUUCAAGUGCACCCUGAAUCCUGUGUUUAAUGAGGCAUUCUCAUUCGAUGUACCUUGGGAGAAGAUCAGGGAGUGCUCACUCGAUGUCAUGGUUAUGGAUUUCGAUAAUAUUGGGCGUAACGAGCUCAUUGGUCAUAUACUAUUAGCAGGUAAAAAUGGAAGCGGUGCCUGUGAGACGAAACACUGGCAGGACAUGAUCACAAAGCCAAGACAAACAAUUGUACAAUGGCAUCGUCUGAAGCCUGAGUAGGAAAGGCGAGGGAUCAUGGGCAAGCGUUUCUCAAAUGUAACAACAACAACUUACAAUUUCCCAACAGUAUCAGCGGCGUCUGUGGUUCGUGUAGUUCGUAGUGGCGUUGGUCAUUGUUCACCAGUCACACGUAAACGCAAGUGGAAGGAUGAUGAUGAUGCUAUGAAACCAGAUAAAACGCCUGAAAAAUUACCAGGCAUCGAGGCGGAGGGUAACUUGGUAGUCAGGCUCAUCAAGAAGAUAAAAAGGCGAAAGCGGGAAAUGAGGGAGUUGAAAAAAAGCGAGGAAAAUCCAUAAAACACCUCUCUGAAAUUUUUUUAAUGAUAAUGAAUGGAAAAUAAUUUUCUCCCCACCUACCCUCGAGCGACGCAAAUGGCCGUCCGGUGUUUGUAAAUAGCACACGCACACGAAUGAAUAAUGAGGAAAUUGGUGGAAUAAAAAGUAUUUCGAGCGUGGAGUUUUUACAUGAAAGAUUAUACGAGAAAAAAAAUUCAAUUACACGUUGGUUACCUGACAGAGCGCCCCAAGCGCUUCCGAGGAGGAAAAUUAUCCACGAUAUGUCUCCCGUGGAUACCCGUGAAUCUUUAUAUAACUUCGAUGUGAAUUUCAGACGCCCCAGAAUUGGCUGGAGUAGAAAGAGGAAAAAUGGGAGAAAAGAAAACCUUGCCCGCAGAUCCGUUUUUCGAGAUAAGAACAUUUUUCUAAUUGUAGGAUUUUUUCCCCUUAAAUAUGAGGAUUUUGUCGUUUAGUAAAACGAUACAUAUUGAAUAGUAACGUAAUAUGUUGAUUUGCAUUGCGAGUGUAAAAAGAGUUAAGAAAUUUUUACGAUUUUAGAUGGGAGUAUUAAGGAAAUUCGUUUGAAGUGAAGUAAGUAGUGAAUUUCUCGAAACUCUGCGUAUUAAUUUGAUUUUUUUAAAAUUAUGUUCGUGUUCUCUUUCGCUUGACCAUUCCUUUCGCAGUGAUGAAUGUCCUUGAAACGGAGAAGAGAGGGAAAAUCAUUCGGAAAAUGGCAUUCACCUGUCAUCGCAGCUUACUAGACUUAUUUUCCCCCUUUCGAAUGUUAAUUUUCUCCCUCGGGAUAGAAAAAACAUGAAGGGUGUAAUCCUGAGUUCACAAAGUGUCAAUUUAAAACUUGACUCGACUCUGUACUUCCCUGUCACCUACUUUUCACGAAAGUUGUCGCAGCCAAUGACUGUUUCGAAUAUAAUUGCAAAAUAAUCAACGCAAAGAUCUAUAAACAUGCAACUCCUCGCGUCUAAUAACUCUCCGCCGUCAUGAUCCGACGUUUGUCGCGGCUCCAUCGCUCGUGUAACCACAGAAAUCUCGCGAAAUAUCUACAAUUAUUGCUGUGCACCCAAUUAAGUCAACUAUCAAUUAUCAAUCUCAAAAUGCUAACAUCAAUCAGCAAUUAAUGACAUUCAACGUACAAUUAUCCUGAGUUAACAGUUUCGCUGGUGUGUCGAUACGAAACAAGAAGUCAAACUGGCUCGUAAGUGAAUCUUUUUGAUUAUUAAUAUAGCAAUCGAUAAAGGAAAGAAUAUUUUUGACGGAACUUUUGUAUUGAAACAAAAAAAAAUAUAAAAAUGAAAAAAAAAAUGGGAGAACGUGUGAGACACUUUUUGGGGUAAAGAAUUUCAGAUAAAAUUGUGAUCGGUGUACCUUAUCCAUGCACUAAUGAAAAAAUAAAUGAUUGAGGAGAGGGAGUGGAAAUAGUAUUAAUUACAUUGUACUCAGUAGUCUGCUGUUGUUAACAAUAAAACGUAGUAACGAUUUGUCCCUAUCUGAACAUUCCAAACGUGAAAAUUAUCAUCCAAAAUUUGUGUCAACAUGGAUUUCAUCAGUUCAACGGCUAAUGAAUGGCUAUCGUAAAAAAUCCCAGCUUAAUCCAAUUUAACAAAUCAACAAGUUAUUCAAUCGUUUACGCAGGCGUAGCUGAACCAUGGUGCAUUUUAAUUGAUCGUUGGCCGAUUUCGUAAGCUCACGAUAUAUUACGAAAUUGCGAUUACAAUCAUGAUAAUUAAAGUACCCGAGGAUUAUCCAAAUUUAAAAUUAAAAUUUUAAUGAAUAAUCAGCCUUCGUUUGAGGAUAUCCGAGUUUUUCUUGCAGACAUUCAUACAAAUAAUCAAUCUCCAGAAGCUGCGAAUGUAUUUAUAGAAGAAUUUCUCCUCAAAAACAGAUACCAAUUUUUAAAUAUUUCCUGGCCAUUGAAAAUGAACAGCUGAAUUUAUUUCCGAUGGAAGUCAAAUGGAAAUUCUAAUAUUCAAUUACAAAAUAAACCACACUAAUGAAAGAAUGUCGAAAGUACUUGGAUAUCCUCACUGUGACAGUUCAACAAAAUUACAAAAACCAAUGCCAAAUAAAAAAAAACAGAGAACCAGGAGCCAGAUUAGUGGAGCAGACACAUCGUCUCGAUUCAAGGUAGAAAACCAGAGCAUAAAAACUUGGCAAAUGUUGUGAAAUUAAAUUUCGAUGAGUUAUUAGGUUUUAACUGCAGCAGAGUCUCCCACUGUCUACUACUGUAUCGCUGAAUACCAUAUAAAAACCAAUUAAAAAGGUUAAACUAAUGUGCAAACUAUAGCAUAGAAAAAUUCUAGCGCAUUAAAGCAAAGAAACGACGAGAUGAAGAAAUGAAACGUGAAAAAUAGUCAUUAAUAUUAAACACGAUUAAAAUUAAGAUAAAUGGUUAUACAUAAUUAUAUAUAUUGUAAUGAAUAUUGCGUAGCACAAAAUGAAAAAUGAACAUUAGAUACUAUUUGUAUGUUAUAGUCUGUACAUACACCAUUAUCCAGAUGCGCUGGUCCAGGGCCUUCGAGAGAGCAUUGAAGCAUCUGCUCGUUGAUUGUCACUUUAUUUGGUGAACAAUUAAUUGGAGAAUAAUUGGACAUUGCAAGCAUUGAGGAUGAAAAAAAUUUGUAGUCGAUUACAUUAAUUCAGGUGGUUCAGCAUGUUUUUGGGAGGUCACUGGACCACGCGGAUACCGCUUGAGAAUAGUAUUAAAAAGUGAAAGAACAAAGAAGGAACAUGGGAAUAUCUAGAAUUCGUUUUAGGAUUAAAAUUUAUAUCGUGAUUGUAUAUCAAGGUACGGCUAACAGUCAGGUGAACUAAAAAAAACGCGAUUAGUGAAGAAGAAAUUAGUGAGGCAAGUGAUUUAACAAUGUUCGAUGUUACAAAACAAAUGAGAAAAUUAAUAAAUAAUGAAAACAAUUAAAGUUUAAAUAAAUGACAAAAAAAUGUUGUUGCGCUGUUUGCAUUGCGCAGGUUAAAAAUACCGUCAUUUGAAGAGUCUGGGGUUAAUUGAUUGAAUUUGAAAUUGAAUAUCUGACCGAUGUGGUACCUGAGUCACGAGAACUAAUUACUAUCAUGUUACUGAAGUUUACGAAUUAAUACACUGGAAAAAUUACUGUUUUCAGGAUAAAUAUUAUAUCGAGUAUAGGUUUGGAUUCAGUUCACUUUGAAAAAUCCAUUCUUUUCGCUUGUUUAAUUCUGAGGAUACGAUUAUUUCAAAAAGUGAGGCAAACAUACGCUAAUUUCAGACACUAGUUUUUCUAGUGUAAAUUAAUUAUACGAUUGAUUGUGAAAAUAUGGGACACAUGUCUUUAGGAAUAGAGACUCGUCUCCUUGCCUUUCGAGAAAGUCCGAAGUUCCUCGAACUUCGAUAAAAUGAUAAUUAAAACUGAAGAAGAUUAAUCUCAGGAGUGUGAGAAAUACCGUGUGCAUUUUGGGGAUGGUAAUAAAAAAAACCAAGGGGAAUCUAAAAACGUCAUAUUUUUUACUGUUAACUUUCUUUCCUCCGCGUGCAACGUUGCAAAGCUAAAAUGCUGUGAUUUUUCAAUUGAACAGACAGUGAAAAAUUCAUCCUUCCUUUCUACUACAAAUCCGAAAAUAAUUAGAAUGAGAGAUGGCAAAAAACUGCAUUCAAAUUUACGUGAUUUUUUCUGCGCAAUGAUUAAUUAAAGAAAAUAUAAAACACAAAAAAAAAUUAUGAAAACUGAGAGAUGAUAAAACGUAGCACGUAUCUGUUUUCAAUAUACUUGUGAACAAGUUGAGUAAUUUACGAAUCAAUCAUUAUUAAAAUGAUGAAUAAAGUACACAGAGAGCUGUGGAUGCAGUAAGGUCUUUUAGCAAUGUGAAUGUCACGCAUUCUUUAUUGUGUCCACAACAAAUGAAGCGAGAGAAAAAAAAAUUUUCAAGAAAACUAAAAUCAUAAUCGUGAUGCCAUUGUGCAUUCCGCCUGAAUAAUUAAGUCCUCUUUACGCUCUGAAAAGGACUGUAACUUAGUGUCCGCAAACUAUUUUUAUAUCGCUGAAUUUUCUCCUCACAACGCUCCUGAUGGUGAUGGAAAUAAUCAACAAAAGUGCAGUAUAACAAGAAUUAAAAAAAAGAAACUAAAUUUUUCACGCAUCAUGCUCUAUUCUUCUACGAACAUUUGAAAUGCUAUUGAGUGGCCUUUCAGCUCUAUUAAACAAUUUAUUUGGCUCAGCAUCUUUGCAAAUAAAACUAAACCAAUGUAUAUUCUUUUCAGAGCCUAAAGUAACAAAAAAAAAUUGUCAUACAGUGCCAGGUUAAAUCCGUGCGACGACACAUAGUCUGAUAUCGUUGUCUAGUUCAUUUAAAAAGAAGAGAUAAUUAAUGAAACGAGAUGAUAACAAUUAUUAAACUAUAUAUUAUAUAUACAGUGUAAAGUAUAAGCUGAAUUAUUUAGUUUUUUGUUAAGGGUGGAGGUAACUAGUGAAUCAUUUGUUUUCUCAUUAAUUGUUUUUCUAGACGAGGGCUCAAGUAGCUGAAAGACCUAUAUACUUAUUGUAUGAAAUAACGAGCUAACAUACCAGCGAGUGUCUACCCUUCAUAAAUGCAUAUCUCUCAUCUGUGAAACCAGCUCGUCGAGUUGCACUCGAAAUAAAAUAAAUAGUCAAUUUUUUAAUAUCUCAAAUUAUAGAAAUCAUCACCGGACAACUAGAUAUCGUUGAUUGUCCUAGAGUCCUCAAAUUCGAUUAGAAAUUUUCUUGAAUGUUUUGAUUUCGAGUGCAAAUGACAAAUUAAAAUGCAAUAGUAAAUAAUUGUCCCUGAGUGAUGUGCUGUGUCUAUAUCACAUAUUACGUUAGUGUUACGUCGUGCAGCCUAUGUCUAAAAAGCGCAAAUUUAGACGUCACUGACGAAAAAUGAAAAUGUAAGAAAAUCAAUUAAUCGUGUGUCCUCAUGAAUUUUUACCUUAAUCCCGUUAUUUUUUCAUUUGUUACGAAUUCUCGGAGAUAUAUGUAGAUAAGUGCGACGGAAACGUAUAUGUAAUUGAGGAUAAUGUUGCAAAGUCAAUAUAUAUUUCGUUAGCAGAGUGAAAGACUAUCUUUAUUUCUGUUGUAUUUGCAUGUUUAUUUUUAUCAGAUGAAUUGUACUGGCGCUUUGACAAUUGUGCAUCGAUAAUUCCGAUAGAUCCAGGAUUUACUACCUGGGGUAAUGUACAUUUUUAUCAUUCGCAUAUGUCUACUUCUUCCAGUGUUCGGUUGUUAGUGAAUCAAGCAAUAUAUUUUGCUCCUCACAAAGUUAAGUCUGAAUUGGAAAGAUUAUAUUUUGUCCUCUCAUAAUGAAUUUUGUUCGACUUGUCGAGCGAAAAAUCGUCCGGAGCCUCGAGUCAUGGCACAAAUUGUGUAAUUACUCCUUGUUGAGAAGAAGUACAACAAUUCGCAAAUGAUAAAAGAACUGAAGGAUCCUUCUAUAAAUAAAUUUAUCAAUUAUCUGAAUGUACAAGUACCCGCAUCACCACUUCCGUUGAGUCAUGAUGAAGAUAUCCCAUUCAUUCCAAUGACAACUGUACUUAUGUUUGAUAAUUGUAAUUCGCGAGUUGUGAUUUAUAUGAGCAGACCCAAGUAAUGAACGUAUAAAAUUGUUAGAAAACAUUAUAAAGGGUGAGAUGAGACCUUGGACUAAUGAGAAAUUUUCAGGGUUUAGGUCCUACGGAUGCAACUCCCCAUUCCAAUGAAAGCAAGAUUAAGAAUCAAUAUGAGGUUAAUUUAACAAUCCUUGGAAUGUUGCAUUUGAAUACCAUUUUAUCAUAAAAACCCAUGUUCUGUAAAUGUAUAGUGAUAAACGAUGAAAAAAAACAACAAUUAAGAAUCGAAGCAAAAUAAAAUUAUUGUAUGAAUCGUUUGUGGAAAUAA